UGUAUUGUGCAUAAAUCUUUCUUUCAGCUGGGGAGGUUGAGGUCGCUGCAGCUUCUGUGGGCAUCACUGAAGGUGGAGCAGCCGGCUCAGUGUGUGUGGUAUUGACGGGAACAACUGGCUCUCCUACUGAACUUGCUAAUCCUCUUGCAGUCUCUGUGGCAUCUGUGCUGAAUGCCGAUGCAGGAGCUGGUGACUUUUCUCUGGGUGCGUCUGUCACCAUUCCUGCCGGAACAACGCUUCCGACUGAUGGCUCUCAUUGUGUGGCAGUGAGCGGAACGGAAGAUACCUUUUUGGAGGGAGAUGAAGCAUUUGACGCUAUGAUCACUGGGACAGACCAAAGUGCCGUCGUUUCUGUUGGAGCAUCAGACACUGCCACCGUUACAAUCACUGAUAACGAUGCCGGGGAGGUUGAGGUCGCUGCAGCUUCUGUGGGUAUCACUGAAGGUGGAGCAGCCGGCUCAGUGUGUGUGGUAUUGACGGGAACAACUGGCUCUCCUACUGAACUUGCUAAUCCUCUUGCAGUCUCUGUGGAAUCUGUGCUGAAUGCCGAUGCAGGAGCUGGUGACUUUUCUCUGGGUGCGUCUGUCACCAUUCCUGCCGGAACAACGCUUCCGACUGAUGGCUCUCAUUGUGUGGCAGUGAGCGGAACGGAAGAUACCUUUUUGGAGGGAGAUGAAGCAUUUGACGCUAUGAUCACUGGGACAGACCAAAGUGCCGUCGUUUCUGUUGGAGCAUCAGACACUGCCACCGUUACAAUCACUGAUAACGAUGCCGGGGAGGUUGAGGUCGCUGCAGCUUCUGUUGGUAUCACUGAAGGUGGAGCAGCCGGCUCAGUGUGUGUGGUAUUGACGGGAACAACUGGCUCUCCUACUGAACUUGUUAAUCCUCUUGCAGUCUCUGUGGAAUCUGUGCUGAAUGCCGAUGCAGGAUUUGUUGACUUUUCUCUGGGUUCGUCUGUCACCAUUCCUGCCGGAACAACGCUCCCGACUGAUGGUUCUCAUUGUGUGGCAGUGAGCGGAACGGAUGAUACCUUAUUGGAGUGUGAUGAAGCGUUUGGGGCUAGAAUCAGUGGGACAGACAAAAGUGCCGUAGUUUCUGUUGGAGCAUCAGACACUACCACCGUUACAAUCACUGAUAACGAUGCUGGGGAGGUUGAGGUGGCUGCAGCUUCUGUGGGUAUCACUGAAGGUGGAGCAGCCGGCUCCGUGUGUGUGGUAUUGACCGGAACAACUGGCUCUCCUACUGAACUUGCUAAUCCUCUUGAAGUCUCUGUGACAUCUGUGCUGAAUGCCGAAGCAGGAUUUGUUGACUUUUCUCUGGGUUCGUCUGUCACCAUUCCUGCCGGAACAACGCUCCCGACUGAUGGUUCUCAUUGUGUGGCAGUGAGCGGAACGGAUGAUACCUUAUUGGAGUGUGAUGAAGCGUUUGGGGCUAGAAUCAGUGGGACAGACAAAAGUGCCGUAGUUUCUGUUGGAGCAUCAGACACUACCACCGUUACAAUCACUGAUAACGAUGCUGGGGAGGUUGAGGUGGCUGCAGCUUCUGUGGGUAUCACUGAAGGUGGAGCAGCCGGCUCCGUGUGUGUGGUAUUGACCGGAACAACUGGCUCUCCUACUGAACUUGCUAAUCCUCUUGAAGUCUCUGUGACAUCUGUGCUGAAUGCCGAAGCAGGAUUUGUUGACUUUUCUCUGGGUUCGUCUGUCACCAUUCCUGCCGGAACAACGCUCCCGACUGAUGGUUCUCAUUGUGUGGCAGUGAGCGGAACGGAUGAUACCUUAUUGGAGUGUGAUGAAGCGUUUGGGGCUAGAAUCAGUGGGACAGACAAAAGUGCCGUAGUUUCUGUUGGAGCAUCAGACACUACCACCGUUACAAUCACUGAUAACGAUGCUGGGGAGGUUGAGGUGGCUGCAGCUUCUGUGGGUAUCACUGAAGGUGGAGCAGCCGGCUCCGUGUGUGUGGUAUUGACCGGAACAACUGGCUCUCCUACUGAACUUGCUAAUCCUCUUGAAGUCUCUGUGACAUCUGUGCUGAAUGCCGAAGCAGGAUUUGUUGACUUUUCUCUGGGUUCGUCUGUCACCAUUCCUGCCGGAACAACGCUCCCGACUGAUGGUUCUCAUUGUGUGGCAGUGAGCGGAACGGAUGAUACCUUAUUGGAGUGUGAUGAAGCGUUUGGGGCUAGAAUCAGUGGGACAGACAAAAGUGCCGUAGUUUCUGUUGGAGCAUCAGACACUACCACCGUUACAAUCACUGAUAACGAU